AUGGAGCAUACUGACAUUUACUCUGCAUACUGCAUAGAUGUACUCUACGGUAUACCCAAUUUCCGAUUCGAUCUCUGCUCCCUGGAUUUCCUUUGCAGCUAUCCUCAAGGACUCGACCAUCUCCAAAACGCCGUUGCCGCCCGCGUUUCAGGGCUCUCCAUGACCGAUCUGAUGAUAGGUGCGACAGUAUGCCAGUCCAUGAGGAUGGAUUACACGGUUGGUACGCAUCCAGCUGUCAUCGGUGCAUUCUGA